ACAGGGGAGAGAGAGCGAGAGAAACGGGAGAAAGAGAGAGAGAGGGCAGAGAGACAGGGGGAAGACAGGGGAGAGAGAGCGAGAGAAACAGGGGAGAAAGAGAGAGAGAAGAGAGAGAGAGAGACAGGGGAGAGAGAGCAAGAGAGAGGGGGCAGAGAGACAGGGGAGAGAGAGACAAGAGAGAGAGAGAGAGAGGGGGAAGAGAGAGGUGCGGAGGUGAACGUGCACCUUCCGCUGAUGAUAUCGAUGAUCUGUAUUAUUGACAAGAGAUCGGCGUGUGGAUGCUAGCCCAGGCUAAGUCAGGCUAGCCUAGCAGCAUGGGGCGCGCGUGAUGCUAACCACACAAACAAGGAAGCGGGCGAGGAGCUAACGUGGCUAACUGCUGCUAACACCCCUGCUAAUGUGCCAUCCGGGAGCUGCUACCUCCUAAUAUCCUUUCUAAUGUGCGAUCCAGGAGCAUGCGGGCUGAUACCGAGAGUUGAGCGGCCGGGGGAUGUCGGGCAGUAAGGCGCUUGGAGGCGGGGCUAGGCGCAGGAGGACACGGUGCCGGCGCUGUCAGGCGUGCACGAGGAGCGAGUGUGGCGAGUGUCACUUCUGCAAGGACAUGAAGAAGUUCGGAGGACCAGGACGCAUGAAGCAGUCCUGCCUGCUGAGACAGUGCACGGCGCCCGUGUUGCCGCACACGGCCGUGUGCUUGGCGUGCGGCGAGGCGGGAAAGGAGGACACGGUGGAGUCGGAGGAGGACAAGUUCAGCUGGUGCCUGAUGGAAUGUACCAUCUGUAACGAGAUCAUCCACCCCAGAUGCCUUCAGAUGGGCAAAGCCGAAGGCGUCAUCAACGAGGAGAUCCCCAACUGCUGGGAGUGUCCCAAGUGCCACAAGGAAGGCAAGACCGGCAAGGACCAGGCGGACAUCUUGGGCAAGCGCAGGAUGGACAACGGCGAGGUGGGCCGCUGGAAGCUGACGGACGACCCGCCCCCCAAGAAGAAAGCCCCGCCCUCCCUGGAGGAGGUGGGCAGGUCGGAGGGGGGGCACAAGAGGAAGCGGGAAAAAGACGUGCCCGUGGACAGCGGGCCCAAGAAGAAGAUGAAAAGUGCGCACGAAAAACGUCUGAAAAAGAAACCCAAACAGGAAGUCGAGGAGUCAAACGGCCCCGCUUCUUCAGCCGGAGGGCCGGCUCUGGGCCCCACCUCCUCCUCGUCUCUGACCGCAGACGGCGGGGUGGGGCAAGGGGGGGUCUCGGGCGCAGACCCGCGCUCUCAUCACAGAGAAAAACUGGAACGCUUCAGGAGGAUGUGUCUGCUGGAACGCCGGCCUUCCUCCUCCUCCUCGUCCUCAUCCAGCUCUGAGUCCGACUCCGAGUCCGACUCCGAGGACUCCCUGCAGGAGGAGCAUGGCGGCGGCGGCGGCUCCUCGCCCUGCUCGCCGUCUCUGCCUCCUCCCGUCACCUACGGCAUCAGCAGCGGGAGUCGGGCGGACAAGAGCCGUCGUCUGGCCGAACUGGGCUUCAGCGCCAGCGAGGAGUCUGAGGGCGAGGAGGCGGGAGACAAAGCCCGGCGGCGAGGAGACUCCUCCGUCCUGCCGAGGGGGAGGAAAGGAGCCGAGGAGGAUGACAGGACCAGGAAAAACCUUGCCUCGCUCCUGCCGCCCUCUCCUCUCUCUUCCAAUCAGAUGGCUCCGUCCUCCCAACAUGGCGGCCUGACGGCCAAGCAGCGCAGCAACGGACAGGAUGCGCGCAACGGCCGGACACGAGGAGGCGUGGCGGGCGAGAAGGAGAACGCCAGCAGUCUUUCCAUCAAUCACAGACACAGCGGGGGUGGGGGAGGCGGGACUAAGAGUAACAAGAGUCGUAGCAACAUGAAGAACCAGACCACCCCCGCCUCCAGAAACUUCUCCACCUCGAUCCCCGCCUCCAACGGGGAGGGAGGGGGAGGCGGCUUGAUGAUGUCAGCCAUGGCUGCGUCCCCCUGCUCCCGACCGUCCCGCCUGGCUCCGCGCUCUCACGUAAUGAAGCGCAGCCCGCCCGCCGUGCCGUCGCCGCCACGCCCCGUCCAAAUGGAGAGACACUUGGUGAGGCCGCCUCCCACCUGCCCCGAGCCCAGCUGCCUGCCGCUGGACUCUGGCUCCUCCCAUAUUAUGACGCGUGACGUGUGGCUGCGGGUGUUCACGUACCUCAGUCAGCCGGAGCUGUGCGUGUGCAUGAGGGUGUGUCGCACGUGGAGCCGCUGGUGUUGCGACAAGAGGCUGUGGCGCCAGAUCGACGUGAGCAGACAGCGCUCCAUCACGCCGCCCAUGCUGAGUGGAAUCAUCCGCAGACAACCCGUCUCACUCAACCUGGGAUUCACCAACAUCUCCAAGAAGCAGCUCAUGUGGCUCAUCAGCCGCCUGCCAGGUCUGCUGGAGCUCAACGUGGCGGGAUGCGCGUGGUCGGUGGUGUCUGCGCUGUGUCAGAGCACCUGUCCGUGUCUCAGGUUGUUGGACUUGAGUCGCGUGGAGGACCUGAAGGACUCUCACCUGAAGGAGCUGCUGGCCCCGCCCCCUGACACCAGAACAGGUGAGCGCCGCCCCCUCCAGGUCGCGUCUCCUCUUGACCCACAUGUGAUUGGUGCCCCAGCGCACAGCGAGACGCGAGCGGGGUGCUUCCACAAUGUGACGGAGCUGAGGUUGUCCGGCCUGGACCUGACGGACGCCUCGUCCCGCCUGUUGGUCCGCUACGUCCCCCGCCUGGCCAGGUUGGACCUGAGCCACUGCGCCAACCUGUCGGAUGAGACCGUGCAGACGCUGACCUCCCCCGCCUCGCCGCUUAGAGAGACGCUGACGCACGUCAGCCUGGCGGGGUGCACCAAGGUGACGGGGCAGAGCGCUACUCUGCUCCAGCAGUGCCCCGCCAUCCAGACGGUGGACCUGCGCUCCUGCUCGCUCCUCCCCUCCGAGGCGGAACUGCUGCUGUGCUUACCCCUUCGCCCGUCCUCUUCCUCAGCCGCCGUGCUCGCUGCUUCCACUUCCUGUCCCCCUGAGGACAGGAUGCUGCUAAAGAACAGCUAAACGGCGUCAUUGGACAUGAGCUUCUGAUACUCCAGGUGGGGAGGAAGAAAAGGAAGAAUCCUACCCCUCGGCGUGUACAUACUUGUGGUGUGUACAAAAGUGUGCACGUGUAUAAAUACCUGUCCUUUAUUUACUGUAAAUGAUGUCGCACCCCCACAGCCCCCGACAUUCCCUCCGCUCCCGCAGCCAAUCGUCACGCCUGCUCGCCGGCCUCAGAGCGACAGGAAGUGCUGUCUGUCUUCUUCCACGAUGCUAGGCUAGCUAGCUUAGCUGUGUUGAGUCUGCAUGUUGGCAACCCCCAAGCUAAGCUAGGCUAACCAGCGUGUGCACGCGCGCCACUACCACGGUUCACGUUUUUUGUCGUACGUCGCUCUGUCAGAAGCCAUUCAUCGUCUUUCUCAGGUGCAAGGUUGUUUUCGUCAAAUGGCCACGCCUUCCCUGAAAACGUCUCCUUCAUUUCAACGUUGUAUUCCGGCAGCUAGGCUAGCAGCUGGCUAACAUGUUAGCUUCCGAGCUACACUACAAAUAAGCACGCUUUGCUAGCUCGUUAACGUGUCAACAAAAACUGAGGUCAUUAGCGAACUUCCGGUUUGAUGGAAUGGCGAAAGGAACAAAAGCUCUGGUUGCAGCUUCCGAAAAGUUUGAAUAAGCUUCUUUUUUUUUGUUUUAUUGUUUACUGAAGUCUUUGACUGUUGGUCGGACAAAACUGUGACAAAUGUCUUAUUUGAAUCCCACUGUGUUCGCAGUGUUGUGCCAUAAAGAUGUGUUCUUGACGGUUGUCUCCGUGCUGAAUGGACAAGCUCCUCAAAGCUCUUAUCCAAUCACGCCAGCCGAAUAUUUUUUGUUAUUAUUAUUUUUGUCUAGAUGGAUGUUUUCUACAAAUGCACUGGAUCAUCAUGACCUUCAUCCUUGUUUGCCAAAACGUGUUUUUUCUUGAAAAAAAAAAAAAAGGCAUUUUCUCUUUUUUUUUUUAUACUUUACUUGAGUGUCUGGAAAUGAGGGCAAGAAGGAGAAGCGAAAGAGCAACUCAAGGCAGCUACGUAUGGGUUGACUACUGUAAAAAUGACUAAUAAAGAAACAAUGAGUUGUUGUUUUUU